AUGUCGGACGAUAUUAAGAUCUCCGUCGAUCCCGAUUACUUUACUCGCGAGAAGGAGUUUACGCCGAAGGACUUUGAAUCGGAUACGACUUCCAUUGCGUCGAGGAUUGCGCAGGGGAGAAUCGAGAACGGCAGGAGAUACCAGGCGUUGAAGGAGGAUGAUUAUUGGAGCCCUUCCGAUGAGAAGCAGUUCGAGGCACAAGAGAAUGGCACAUCCUCGACAUUGGCACAGGCAAGGGAUCAUGGGCAGUUGAUGCCGCCGAUUGGUACCCAACAGCAACCGUCCGUGGAGUCGACGUCUUCCCCACCCCCUAUUACCUGGAUACCACCAAACUGUGUCUUUGAAGUAGAUGACGUCCUGAAAGAAUGGACAUGGCGCGAGUCAUUCGACUUCAUCCACAUCCGGCAGCUGCUCGGCGCCUUUGACGAAGAAGGCUGGGCAGAGCUAUACAAGAAGUGCUACGAAAACCUCACCCCAGGCGGUUGGCUCGAACAAAUGGAAUUCGACGUCCGCUUGCAUAGUGACGACGGAAGCCUCAAACCAGACAGCCUACUAGCAGGCUGGGGCGACAACUUCAUCGGCUGCUCCGCACGCGCAGGGCGCUCGUUGAAAACACAAGAGACAAUGAGAGGCGCCAUUGAGAAAGCGGGCUUUGUCGACGUCCACGAAAACCUGUAUAAAGUGCCGCUGGGCCCUUGGCCGAAGGAUAAGCAGCUGAAGGAGGCCGGCCAGCUGAACUAUCUCCACUGGCUUUCCGGGCUCGAGGGUUAUGCUAUGUGGCUGCUGACGAAGUUUGGCGCCCCUGAGCCGUGGUCGCCCGAGGAGGUGCAGGUUUAUUUGGCUGGCGUGAGGAAGGAGAUAAAGAGUACUAGUACUCAUGGGUAUGGUUAUGCGCGGAGGGUUUGGGCGAGGAAGCCGACUGCGGGGGAAGUUGUUAAGAGGGAGCCGGUAGAUUAG